AUGCAAAGUUUUGCUCCUAACAAUGCUUCUUUGCAACAUGCGCCGUGGACGACAGUACAACUGUCUCAGCGAGAUGUGUCGCUACAAAUUCCGAUCGACUUCAUAACUCAACCCGCCGUUUCUCUUUCAGCGGCAUGUUUUGGCAAGGGAACUUACGACGAAGAGGCCGCAAAACGAUGCAUUUCCAAUCUUCUCUCUGUUGGAUAUCGACGGUUGUAUGUCGAUUUGUACUGGUCGGUAGGAAGGGAGAAAUGGGACCUAUGUCCAGCGACAAUACCUGCGGACGGAAGUGGCCUCACUGGUCAGGCAGAUAUCUCUACUAGACGGAGUUCUUACGGGACCCUCCUUUACCAGUUGGGUCCUUACGCAUGCUCUGCAAAUGUCGACUUAGCGGGCCUGAUAAGUGUUAUUUCGGGCUAUUUUAGCAGUACAGAAGACACUUUGAGUGCGCACUUGACGUACAUGAUUUUCAAUCUUCAUGCUGCCUCGUCCCCUGGUUCUCCUGGGAGUCCAGCACCAGCUCCAACUGAAAAUCAAUUUCCAUCUGCGCUUAACUCCUUAGGAGCAACGGUGGAUAGGACGCUGGGGAGAUACAUAUAUACUCCAUCCGAACUCGACUCGGAAAGAAAAAAUUUGAACAGAUCUUGGUAUUCUGUCAGUCCCUCACUGAGACCGAUCGCAGAGUAUUUUUCUGUUGAAGGUGUACCGGACUCGCGCCACAGAACAACUGAUGGCUGGCCAGGCGAAGGAUAUUUGGAGAUUUCUAAAGCUCAAAGGCUUCUUCUUGGAUGGGGCAAGGUCGAUGCACAAAUGAGCGAAUACGAUUUCGAUGCGGAUAACCAGAUUAUCUUUUCGUCCAGCUCCAUAUCAUCUUUCGUCACAGUUACUAAGAACAACGAUAGCGAUAUUAUAAGUGAAUGCUUAUACAAUCCGGAUAGCACUGACAUCAACCGCGUUGCGGAUUGGGCGACGGCCGAGAUCCCCAUUGGCAACUCAUCAUCGCAGUUAGCAUUUUUCACUAAUCAGAUGGUUGCAUGCGGCAUAUCUCCGCUGGUCAACUAUACGCUCCUGAAUGCUACUGCUGACCAGAACAUUGAGCCUUAUCGGAAUGUGUCGCUUUCCUCGAUCUGGUCAUGGGCCGUGGGCCAGCCCGAAAGUUCGGUGAAUUCCGCUAUGGUCGAGGAAAAUCGCUGCUCCGUAAUGGACCUUUCACUUGCGGGCCAUUGGCGCGCUACUGAUUGCACAGACCGGUUAUAUGCUGCAUGCCGUGUAGCUGACUCUCCAUACAAAUGGGUCUUGUCUCGCGAGCCUGAAGCUUACGUUUUUGCAAAAGACACAUGUCCUGAGAACUCGAGCUUUGCCGUCCCGCGUACGACGCUGGAGAACACGUACCUGUACGAAUACCUUCUUAAGCAGCCGAAAGACCUCAUCGACUCGACUUCCGACGAGACAGAAAAGAGAAAUGUCUGGCUCGAUUUUAACUCAUUGGACGUCCCGAAUUGCUGGGUGUCAGGCGGGCCCAAAGCCCAAUGCCCAUACGAAGUUGACGAAAGCGCCAUCGAGCGUCGCAAUAUUCUCGUUCCUAGCAUUGCCGCCAUUAUUAUAUUGAUUAUAACGGCGCUGACUCUCUUUGUCAAAUGCAAUGCUAACCGGAGAAAUUCAAGGAGGAGAAGAGUGAUUGAAGGAUGGGAGUAUGAAGGUGUGCCAUCAUGA